AUGAAAAAAACAAUUUAAAAAGCUAAAAACAUUCAUUAUAUUUUGCACUUUGAUCAAGCAAAUAUAAGUGAAUCUGUUUUGUUAUUCACAAAUUUCUUAUAUUUAGCAUAGCUUUUGAAUUUAGGCAAACAUUUUGAACCGAACUCAGAAAUUGUGUAAAUAUGUCUUAUAUUUAUAGAACUAUUUAUUCACUUUUGAAAAGCACAUUUAUUUUAAAUUUAAUUCCAGAAAAGUAUUUUCCUCAUAUUUAAAUUCUUUUACUCAUUUAUAAUUUAUCUUUAGCAAUAAGCAUACUUACUGUAGUAUUGUUAAAUAUUAAUCAUAAUUCAAAAAAUUGGAUAUUAUUAAUGAUUACUAUUAAUGUUACCUUAAAUGUUUACCCUAAUGUAUUUUUCAUUCCAAAUCUAUGGUUAAAUAUUAAAUAAUGUUUUACAUAAAAUAUCUUAUAUUUCUUUAUUUCAUUAAUCAACAUAAUUUUUACACUCAUUAUUACUUUUUUUAUAGUGUUUUUUUAAAGAGGAGAUUCCUUAGCAUAAAAUGAAAAUAUUACUAAUACUAUUAUUAUAAUUAGAAUCUUACUUAAAUUAACAGAAUUUAUAACUAUUUAUCUAUCAUUUUUAGAUGAUACAAUUUCAUUUAUUCUAGAAUAGUUUAUAUUAAUUAGCAUUAUCUUUUUGAACCUAUUCAAAUUAACAGCAAUAUCUUCAAAUAAGGUUUAACUUAGUAUAUAAUUCUUUUUAUUUAAUUUAUCUUUAUUAGCUGAUUAUAGAAUGAUGGAUUAUUUAUUGAUUAGUAUAUUAAUAUUAUCAUUACAAUAAUAGAUUCAAUUUAGAAAAUUAUAAUAAAUUUUGUUUAAUUCAGAUACAAUACUUAGUUGUUAAUUAGCAGAAAGAGUAUAUAAGAAAUGUUUAAUUGAUAAAUAAGCAAGAAUUUAAUUAUUAGUUUUUAAAAAUAAUCAUAAAUGUACAAAAUGUAAGGCUUUUUAUGAUAUAAUUGAAUGUAUAUUAAAAAAGAAUUGUAAGAAUGAAAGAGAUAAAAUAAUUUAUGCAAAUUUUAUAUCUAAAAAAUGGCCUUUAAGAGCCUUAGUAGAAUUAUUAAAAGAAUAGAAUGAGGAUUUCUAUUUUUAAUCAGCCAUUUUAACAUUUUAAAAAACUAAUGAAUCUACAUUUGAUAUUACUAAUUAUAUUUAUACAUCAUACAAAUCAUAAAUAGAAUGUGAAAGUAUCAAAAGUAAAUUGCUGUCUUUAAUUACAUUUAUGAUUAAAUUUUGGAAUUAAACAAUUAUGAAUUAAUUUGGAAUUAAAUAAUUUUAUAAAUAAGUUUAGUAAGUAGGCAAAAAAAUAGAUCAAAUAAAUAAAAUAAUGGAUAAAGUAUAUGAUAUUAGAAAUUGUAAAUUAAAAAACAAUUAAUUUAGUGAUAUUAUUACUUUAAGAUUAUUAUAAAUUUAUUAUUGUGUUGCCAAUGUUGAUCUUAUUAAAGUAUAUAAAAUUUUAAAAUCUUAGGCAUAAUAAAUGGAAGAUAAGAUUAAUGAUUUAUUUAGAAGUGACAAAUUCAGAUAAUCUAAUACAAUUGAUAAUAAUUAAUUAGCAACGAGUAAAUAUUGUGCUAACAUUAGAUAGAUCCAUGCUUCUAACAACAAGUCUUAUAUACAAUACUAAUAAAUUGCUUUAACCAAAUUACUAAUAAAUAAGUUUAUUUUUUGAUGCAUAAAUAGAAGAAGUUAAUUUUAUUAAAACUAGUAUGGAAAUGAUGCCUUAAUUUAUAUCUAAUGUACAUGAUUAAUUAAUUGAAAACUUUAUAUAAAAAGGAUAGUCUCGUUUAUGUUAAUAAGGAUAAUAAACAUAUUAUUAAAAUUUAUAAGGCUAUAUUGUACCUUGUAAUAUUCAUUUAAUACCAAUAUAAGGAUAGAAUGAUUAUCUUAUUAAUGCAAUAUUAACAAAAGAUUUAAAUUAUAAUUAAUGUAUUAUAUUUGGUAUGAAUGGAAGACUUUAUGGUAUGACAUAAGACUUUUUUGAAUUUUCUUUAUAAUCUAUGUAAUUUGAUACUUAUACUAAAAAUUUAUCAAUCAAUGAUUUAAUUGAUAAAGGUUCUUUAAUAUAAUAUUAUAUUGAAAAUAUAUAAGAAUAAAUUUAACUAUUAAAAUAGUCAAUUGAAAAACAUUAAAAUUAUUUAAUUUUAGAAGUAUAAUCUUAAUGGUAAUAUCCAGAAAAUCAUUUGAAUUGUGUUUUCAAUACAAAUUAAUUAAUCAAAUAAUAAUAUAAUUCAUCAAUGAAUUAAAUGUUAUCUUUUUCAAAUUUUAUGUCUUAAAAGACUUAUUUAUAAACAUCAAAAUAAACUGAAAAGUCAGCUUAAGUUUAUGAAUUUGAUGAAUCAGGAUCAUAAAAUAAAGAAUUGAUGAUUGAUGGAGUUGAAUGGUCAAUUUUAAAUUAAAGUUAUCAUAAUUCUAUUAGAUAAAUGAUAGAUUAAUUUAGUGAGAAAUAAAAGACAAAUAGAAUAAGAUUAGUAAUGAUCUAUUCUUUAUCUUUUAAAAAGAUAUCAUUUGGUAAAAGAUCUUUAGGAUAUUUUGUAAUGGAAUUAAAAGAUUAUCGUUAAGAAUUCACUUAGAAAACAACAUCUCAAUAUUUAACAACCUAUUAAACAAAAAAAACAGAAUCAAGUUAAAAAAAUAAGUCCAGUUAUAGUUUUCCUGCAAGUGAUUUAGAUGAUAUAUAUUCUGAAAAACCUAUUAUAGAUGAUGAUUUAGAUAAUUAAAUAAAAUAAAUUAAUCUUAAAAAUCAUUUAUUGUAUUUAAAUAAAUUAGAAAUAGAUAAAAGAACUAUAAUUUAAAAUGAAAAUUAAAUAUCUUCAAUUAAUGUAACUAAAUAAAAAAUGUAAUCAUAUGAUUUUGAUAAUUCUUCAAGAUUAUUAAAGAUUCAAACUGAUAGAUAACCUAAGAAACAUCUUUUAACUACAAGGAUAGAAUUAUAAAGUAUUAAUAUAUAAUAAGAUGAUGAUGAUAUUAUGUAAGAAGUAGAAAAAGAAUUUGAUGAAAUUGUUUUUGAGAGAAAGAUGAUAAAUAAUUAAGAAUAAGAUGAUGAUAAUUUUGAUAUAUAAAGAGAUAGAAAUCAAAAAGAUUGUUAUUAAAAAUAAAAAACUAAGAUUAUUAAUGAAUAAUUAAGUAAUUAAACUUUUACAAAAUAAUUAUUUGCUUUAAAAGAUACAUUCUAAUAUCUUGAAAAGAUUAGCAGUAAUAAGUUUACUAUAAAUUCUCUUUAAAAAUUUAUAUAUUUUUCAUUUUGUGUUAUAAUACUAUUAUUGAUAAAUGUUAUUAUAGACUCUUUGAAGGCAUAUACUCAUGUGUAAGAGAAUGAUAAUUUUAUAAUCUAAACUUUAGACGAAAUUAAAUUUCAUAGAAUAUGUGCUAUAAAAUUGAGUUUAUUAAUAACAAAACUUUUAGGAGAAUAUUCUAUAAUUAAUAAAAAUUAAUUUAUAUUCUAAUUGUAAUAAAAGUAAAUCUAAAAUAUUUAUGAUUAUAAUACUUAUAAUCAAUAGUAUUAAUUAAUUAAUACUUAUGAAUCUAAUUAAUAAGUAACUUCUGAAUAAUUUAAUAUUUUGUUAUAAUAAUUUGAUAAUGAUAUGAGAAAAGGUUAUUAUAAUACAGAAUAAAUUACAUUUAUAAACUCUACUUUUUAAUUUACUAAUGAUACAUAAUUCAUCUUUAAUUAUCUUUAUGAUAUUGUUAUACAUAAAUUAGAUAAUUAUGAUGACUAAUAAGUAGAUUAUAUAUCAGCAUCCAUUUUUAUAAUUUUAUAUAUUCUUUUAAUAGUUUAUUAAAUCAAAUUUUUAUAUGCUAAAUAAAAGGUUAUUAUAAAAUUACUUAAAUUAGCUCAUCAAACUAAUAUAAACAAAAUACAAAAUUAAAUAGCUAGACUUUCUACAAUUAAAGAUACAUUUGAAUGUAAUAAUUCUAAAAAUUGGAAAUUAACCUCUUAUGUAUAAAUAAUUUCAGAAGAAGUUUAACAUGAAAAAUCAUAAAAAAAGUAAAAUCAUGAUUUAGAAGGAAAUAUUGGACAUUAAUAUUUAUAUCCUAAUAUUAUAGCUAUAUUAUUUUUGUGUUUAUUUGCAGCUAUGGGGUUAUUCUUUUAAUUAAUUUAUUAUUAAAAAGAGUAUUUAACUAUAUAAAACUAAUUUCUGAAAUUAAACAUAAUGAUUGAUCAUAGUUUAAUAUAUGGAAGUCUAAUAAAAACAUAUGAAAUUCUUAAGAUAACUAAAUCAUUAGAUAAUUCUAUAAUUGAGAAUUUCAAUGAAUCAAUAAAUAAUUAAAUAGAUAUUACAAAUAAUAUUAUAGAUGAUUUAGAGAGAUUGUAAGAAAGUAAUCUACUUGAUUCUUUAAUUAAUGAUCAAUGUCUCUACUUUUAGGAUAUGAUAGAAUAUUGUAAAAAUAAAUAAUAUCCAUAUAAUGAAAUGUAUUAAAUAAUUGAAAGAGGAAUUAUUAGUUUAACAAAUAAUAUUUAAAAAGUUAAGAAUACUGAAUUUAAUUAUGAAUUAACAACAAAAUAAUUUUAGAAAGAAUCUAAAGAAUUAAUAGAGUAUAUAAAUAGUUAAUCUUUUAUAAAUACUUUUUUAAUAUAUUUUAUAGAGAGUGUAAAUAUAUUAGAUAAAGAAAUAGAAAAAAUAUAUUAAGUUGGAUAAGAUUAAUUUAAUAAUUAUGUUUUGAUGAUUUAAUUAUAUGAGAUUGGAGUAGGGAUUAGGUAAUAAGAUAAUUCAAUAUUUUUAGUAUUGGUUUAAUGUAUUUAUUGUAUGGAUAUUUAACAUAGAUUUAUCAUAGAUCAGACUUUAAAAUCAUAAUAUUAUUUUUAAGAACAAUUCCAAAUGAAUAAAUGUAGUUAAAAAACAUUUUACAUUAAAUUAAAAAUAUAGUUUAAGAAAAAUGA